AUGGACACAGUCAAGGUGGACGUCCUACAAAUGGACGCGUCCCCAGUGGAUACCUGCGUUUUUAAAAAAUGGCAUUACAUAAAUAGGAGGAUAAAAGGGAAAGGCAAACGCAGGGGCUGCACACGCCUGCGGAAGUGGAUCUUCCUUCAGUGGAAGCAUUUAAACAAAGUGACAACCGCGUUGACAGAAACGUCCAAAUGGGACACACUGAAAAGUGCAGCUGUCACCCCAUCCUGUAAGGAAAAAAUAAAACGAAGGGGUAAGAGAACAUUCGUUUUGAGGAAGACACAGAGGCCAAGCAGCAUAGGUGCCGAUGAGGCCAAAACGAGUGUGGACAGAGAUGACAUUUUUUCGAAAAAAAAAGUGAACAAUUCGGAGCUGAUACUUCUGUUAGCAAAAUAUGUGCACUCCUGGGAUAUAUCGAGGAAGAGUUCUAACGAGGCAAAUUCUUACAGCGAUUCGACAUGCGCAUCGUCAAAAAAAAACGUGCACAUUUGGAAGGACAAAAGGGAAAAAGAACACCCGUUCCCCCACUGUGUUAUGAAAAAGUGGAAAGACAACUGGAGGUACGAAAAGGAAAGGGACUUAAAUUUUAUCAAUCAUGUGAACUGCAACGCCACUGUGGAAGUUCACUCACUCUUUACCUUCUUUUGCACAAAAUUGAAAAUUAAAGAUAAGGCAUAUUUUGAAAAGAAAAAUAUGUUAAGUAAAAUCUCCACUAAAGGGAAAAGCUAUGGGAUUCAAAAACAGGGCAGCAAGGACUAUUCUACGAAGCUAAAAAAUCAGUACAUCCCAAGAAGUAAGGGAAAAAUUAUGAGCGACAUUAAGGGCAAACCUAGCAAAGCUCCUCCUCCUUACAAGGCGCAAAACACACUAACCAUGAACGAUGAACAGGCGUUGGCGGAGGAGGGGCCAAUGCCCGAGAGGGGAAAUGAACAGCACCCCGUUCCGGAUAGUAAUAACGGUAAUAGUAGUGAAAAUGCUACGAAGUCUUUUGAGGCAGACGGGGGAAAAGGAACCACCAACGCGGACGACCAGUCAGAAUUGAAUGAAGAACAAUUUGUAGACGAAUUAGAUUUAGACGAUUUAGACGGUGACGGAAAUAAAAAAGAAAAGACUUACUACACAGAUAGAUGCAUUCUGGACAGGAGUGUAAAAAGGGUUUCCAUCCUAGACAAGUUAAAUAUUGGACAGGACGAUAAAAAAAAUGGAAAGGACAAUUACCAAGGGGGUAAGAAGGAGGUACUGAAUGGGAAAAAUGGAAAACUAGCAGCGCAUUCGUAUGCAAAUAAAGCGGAAUUAAUACAAAAACAGUUUCCCAAUAAGGAAAAGGAGCUCCCUCAUGUCGGUAUAACCCAAAAGGGGGGGGAGGUCGCCAAUUUGAAGGAAGCCCAACAUGCGAGUGGGCCCAGUGUGACGUACCCAAAGGAAGGCGCCACUGGAAGUGGUAAUAAUGGCAACAAGAAGGUGGGGGCAUACCCAAUGGAAAAUUACAAAAUGCAUCCCCCAAGGAAGGGGUCUAUCAAGAGCCCACCCACGGAAGGGGUCGCCAUGGAUACACAACCAGAGCGGCUGACAGACCCCCCGAUGAAUGGGCAAACAGAGUAUGCCAAUAAUGGCCAAGUUUUGUACGACCUGAACAACCAGAUGGGGAACAACCCGUAUGGUCCCCCCAAUUAUCAAAUGAAUUAUGCAGCCAAUUUUACGGUGAGCAACGAGGUGGGAAUUUACCCCAACUGUAGUAAUUACCCCAAUUACGGGAAUGACCCCUAUUAUGGGAAUUACCCCAACUAUAAUAAUUGUGCGGGUUAUCCACAGUGGACAAACUACCAACCUUACGGCAACAUGGGCGGGGCCCUACCGCAUGGGGGAGUGAGGCAAAGCCAAAACAACAUUAACGAAACGAACCUAGUGGCGUAUAGUAACCAGAACAAUGUGAAGUACGACGAAGACUUCACGCUGAACUAUAUUCUUCAAAAAUACGAAGACGAUGAUAAGUUCUUCUGUAGCAACGAUGUGGAUAGUGCAAACAACGGGACAGGGAACAAAAACGAAUUGAAAAAAUACACAGAAGGAAUGAAUAGGCUAGUCGAACAAAUGUACUUUUAUGAUAAUUUUUACGAUGAAUUCAAAAUAUGUGAGGAAAGGAAAGAAGAUUCGAAUAUCACUCAUACCAUUAUCGACACGUCCUUAAAUUUAAAUGUGAUUGAUGAGGGUGCAGAAAUGCAGAAAGAGAGCAAAGACAACCAGGAGGUAAUUUCCAAGAUGGAGUUAAAAAUUAAUGAGCUAGAAAAGAAUAUCGAAGAAUUGAAAAAACAAAAUGAAAUGAAUGACAAGGGGAGGAAUGACCAAGGAGGGGGAAACGGGGAGGGGGAGAAGAAAAACGCAAAGGGGGAAACAGCCGAGGGGGGCAAGAAGUCCAAAAGAAGCGCAGUCAUACACAAACUGAAAAGAGAAAUUGAGAGAAUAAAGAAGGAAAACAUGAAGAAAAAGAAAAAAGCCAAGGGUAAGAGCAACCGAAAGGAUGUCACGGCGGCACAGGAGGAAGCAGCGCCAAAAGAAGAACAACCUGGCAGCCCCGGCCAGGAAAACAACAACGAAGACAACUUCAACCUGGACAACCUGAUCAACGCAGACCAACUGAACACAUUUAAAGACGAAAUUUUGAACAACGUAUACUACUACAUAUACGAAUCGUACGACCAGAAGGACUUUGAAGUUUUGGAAAACCUGGCAAAGAAGCACGAAACGAAAGGCAGAAGAAUAACCUACGACGUGAAUUUACCAAAGCAUAGCUUUAAGCAUAAGAGGACAUCAAGCGCUUGGUUUUUAAACCCCUUGUAUGAAAAUUACAUGCUCGAGAAGGAAAAAAAAAAAAAAAAAACGAAAAGGGAUGAUUCAUCUGGCUCAGCAUAUGACAAGGUGGAAUUUCUCUUCCACGAAUAUGAACAGGAAAAUGUUGUAAAAUUGAAGGACGAAAAUAAAAGUGGAGUCAUGUCGGAAAUCAGGGAUAGCGAUUUUUCUUAUGAAAGUUUCAUAAGUGAGAAAAAAAAAAAAAUAAAAAAAGACAAAAUUGAUCUGAUCAAAAUGAAGAAUGAGAUUAUUCGGAAAAGGGGGGAAACUGCUACCCUCGGGAGGAGGCAGGCGGAGGUGAUGGAAAACACAAUAAUGGCAACGUUAGAAGGGGGAGUUAAGGAGGGGCAUGGUACAAAAGCGGAACGGAGUCAGGAUCAUCCCUCAAAGGAUCCUCAAGAGGAGGUCGGAAAACCUGCGCAGAACGACGUGGUGAAUGAUCUAUUCGUGGCGCUAAACAAUUACGUUCCAGACAAGUCCCUAUUUGAUAUUUUCAAUUUUGGCUCGGACGAUGAGGGUGUAGACAACACAAAGGGGGAUGACGGAAGGAAGGGGGAGAAAGGUGUGAUAAACCAAGACGGAGUUGCUCUAAAAGAAGCAGUGAAGAAAGUUCCUGCCGAAGAGGGUAAUGCCUCGAAAGACGCAGAUGUGAACACCGAAAUUGAGAAUAAACGGAAAGAAAAGGAAUUGCUCGAACUGGAAAUAGAAAACGCUCGGAAGAAGAAAGAGUUGGAGGAGUUAGAGCUGCAGCUGCUGGAAAGGAAGAAAAUGGCCUUGCUAGCGGAUAUGUCAGUCAGAGAGGGGGAUGGGGGCGAAAAGGCGGAAGACGAACCGGAGGUACAAGAAAAAGCACACGAACCAGUGGACGAAGCAAAGAUAAAGGAUGAAUCAAGGGAGGAAACCCCAGUCGAAGUCGAGGAGAAGAAGGAGGCCAGCGGAGAAGAGGACAAAAAUGAGGAGGUGCAGAACGGAGCAGAAUGCGUGGCAAACGAUGUGAAUACACCGAACCCCGACACGGCGCUAAAGACUAAGGAUGACCAACACGCAGAAAAAGAAAGAGGAGAAAGCGGCACGAAAAAGGAACCAGCGCCAGUGCAGAACAACGAAAUAAAUGACUGUCUCAAUGACUACUUAGAAAAACAGCAGAUGAAGAAAAAAAAAAAAAACAAUUGGGCAUUGUAUGGAAGACCCAAAGUGGAAAGGGAAAGAAAUACCAUCCUUAGAAGGCUAUCAACCUCCAAGAGUGACAGCGGGUUUAACGAGUAUGCCUAUAUGGCGGAACGCUUUUUUGAAGCAGUUACAGGAUAUCGCAGUGAUCCCGAUGAGUACGAGUGCAGUGAGGGGGACAGCAAAGAUGAACGUGGAGAAGGACAUUUUCCAGAAGACAACACCGCAACCAUCCUUCACAUAAAUGAAAAGAUGAAAAAAGACGUAGACCAAAGUGACGCGUUCCACAAAUUGGGGAGACCAAAUUUCAGAAAAAAGAGUAUCUACCAAAGGUUCAAAUCUACUACACACAACACCAUUUUAAAAAAAAAUAGCUUGAAGAAGAAGAAAAAAUGUAUAAAACGAUCCAUGAAGGAAAAUGAACCCCUCAAAUUUUAUGAAGAAAAUGAAAGAAUCUUAGAAAGGGCGAAACUGAAGUUAAAGGAAAAACUAGCCAACAGAGGCGGACCCACAUUUUUAGAUAAUCUAUUGGGGAACCAUAAAGGCCUGUCCGGGGAACAUCCCAAUGAAGGAGACACAAAUUUUAUGAAAAGCAUGACGAUCGAUUCGAUGUCACAGAGCGGAAAUGGGGAAAACAAAAAAUUAGACUUGAAAUAUAAGAGGAUGUUAAUUUACCAGGCUCUGGGGAGUAGCAGCGAUAUGGGGGACGCAGCUGGAGGGAGUAUGCAGGAAGAAGAGAGGAACGAGGAUUUGUUGAGAAUAGAGGAGAUGAAACUGCUGGAGGAAAGGAAGCGGUUGGAGGAAGAGAAACUGUUAGAGGAAAGGAAACGGCUAGAAGAGAAGCAACGGCUGGAAGAGAAGAAACGGCUGGAAGAGAAGAAACGGCUGGAAGAGAAGAAACGGCUGGAAGAGAAGAAACGGCUGGAAGAGAAGAAACGGCUGGAAGAGAAGAAACGGCUGGAAGAGAAGAAACGGCUGGAAGAGAAGAAACGGCUAGAAGAAGAGCAACGGUUGAAGGAGAUGGAGAAAGCGGAAAAAGCACGCCGCCUGGAGGAGAUGAAAAUGUUGGAGGAAAGGAAGCGCUUGGAGGAAGAGGAGAAGAAGAAGAGGCUGGAGGAGAUGGAACGGAUGGAAGAGGCGAAGAGGGCGGAAAGAGCACGCCGCCUGGAGGAAAUGAAACGGUUGGAAGAAAAGCGGCUAGCUCAGGUGAAAAGGAAGGUUGAGUUGAGGCGGCUGCAGGAAAAGAGGCUAAGUGAGGCGAAACGGGAAGAGCAGCAGGCUAAACAGGGACCAGUAGAAAUGACCCCGGUAGAGGAAGAUAAAAAAACGGAAACGGCACAACAAAAGAAGGACCUAUUUAGAAAUAUUAUGAAACAAAUUUAUACGGUGAGCCCGCUAUCCUACUACCGAAAGGAGGAUAGGGACAAAGGCGAGGAGAAACAUCAAAAGGGAAGAAAAGACACCGACGAAAUGGAUGCAGAAGUGAAAAGAUCCUCAUUAGAAGUAGAUAACGCGGAAGGUGCAGAAAGGAACAACUUGCUUGAUGAGGAAAAUAAUUUAAAUAUCGAUAGAGGGGAAGAGCAUGAGGAGGAUGCAACCACUGCAUACCAUAAUAACGAUGUGGGGGAUGAUCAAACGAAAGAGGGAAAACACCUCCAGAACCUUUCUUGCGCAAAGAAUUACUCCAUUUUUGAGAAAAUGGAAAGGGAAAGGAAGAGGAGUUUUAGAGGGAAGACAGCCAUGAAUGGAAACAAAGGCGUUUACAAUAAACACGGGAAAAGGGACUUGUCAAAAAAUGCCUACGUGAAUAAUUCUGUAAUAAUCAGCCAUGUUAUAAAUAGGGCGAAGGAUGAGGAGCAACAUGUGUCGAAUGCCCAGGGGGUGGACUCUGCUGUUGAGGAGACGGAUGGUGAGGAGCCGCAUGGCGGAGUAGGAAACCACCUCGAAACGCGUGACGACCCGAACCGUAUAGCCAUACUGGAUGAGGAGAAAAAGAAGAAGCUGCUAAACAUGAGAAAACAAAACCUCCAGUAUAGCAACGUAUGUGAAGGGAAUCUAUGCAGUGCGGUAGGGGACGACUUGUUUGACCCGGAUGAGGAGGAUUUCUUCGCAACAGAAACGGAGGAUUCUUUUUUGAAAAUCGACGAUGAGGAAGGGGAGCAUAUGGAGGGAGGCACCAUAGAAGAUAUAAAAACGCAUGUUUAUAGAGAACUGUAUGGUAGGCAUGGGUACGGGGGAGGAGGCAAAAGCAACUUAGAGUUGUCAUCCGUGUGGACCGGUGAAUCCCCCCAAUGUGACAGUUCCCCCUUUUACUCGGCGGAGUUAAAAAAUUUAAGCAGUUACGAUUUGUACAGGAAGCAGAUAAGCACAGAUGAGGUCAUGUGGAGAAAUGCAAAACGAUUGUCCACAAAAGACGAAUCGAUAAGUAGGAGCAGUGCGGAGGUAGAAGAGAAAGAUAACGUCUCGAAAAGCAGUCAAGAUGCCUACUUUGACUUUGAAAAAAAAAAAAUUUUUAGCAUGGAAGGGAAAUAUAAAAUGUAUGAAAAUAGUGUUAGUGCCUUAUCCAGUGACGAUUCGAUUCAUGCUUGGAGAAAAAGGUAUUACUUGGAUUCGUUGAAAAGUCACUAUGAUGAAGGGAGCGACCCUUUCACUAAUUACUCCUUUGAAAAAAUAGACACACGAAAUUACCACCGUGGGGGGAAAUUUGCACCAGACGGACACCAUAGCGGAAGUGACGACGACAUCCUUGCAACCGUGAUGAACAAUUUAAACGGAUUGAAUAAGAAGAUACAGUCUAUAGAAAUGAGUUACCACAUUGGGAAUGGGCAGGGGAACAUGUCUGCAGGGGUGGAGGAAUACCAGCACAGGCGACGCUCCGGUAGGGUUCACCACGUUAGUAGUCUCCAUGCUGAUGGGGAUUAUAUUGGUGGAUACCACUCUGGUGGGCACUAUACGGUUGCCCAUGAUGAAGACCUUUCCUCGUUUUCCCUUUACCACAGCAGAACACAGCCGCACAUAAACGGCUCGAGGAAUUUCCAAAGGGUGUACUCGCGCCAGUAA